CACCAUGUCUCUGACCACGUCGACACGAUGCCAAAGCCCAAAGCCCUCCUCUUCGACUGCGACAACACGCUCGUGCUCUCCGAAGACCUCGCCUUUGAGGGCGGCGCGGCGCUGGUCAACCGCCUGCUGGCGCAGCACGGCGUGCGCAACGCGCCAGUGUUUACGGGCAAGCAGCUGAUGACGGAGUACGUGGGGCAGAACUUUCGUGUGCUCCUCGCCAACCUGCAGAAGGAGUACGGCUUCUCGCUGUCCCCCGCCGAGGUGGACACGCUCGUUGCGUCCGAGCUCGACAACUUGGUGCAGCGGAUCGAGACACCCGGCGAGCUGAAGCCUUGCGUCGGCGUCCACGCCGCGCUGGAGCGCGUCGUCGCCAAGACGCCAGAGUAUACACUUGCCGUGGUCUCGUCCUCGGCGCUCUCGCGCGUCAACGCCAGCCUCAAGGCCACGUCCCUCGAGCCCUACUUCGCCGACCGCGUCUACUCUGCCGCGACCUCCCUGCCAGUCCCGACGUCCAAGCCCGACCCGGCGAUCUACAAGUUCGCACUGGACAAGCUCGGAGUCAAGCCGCACGAGGCCGUCGCCACCGAGGACUCGCGCAGCGGGACUACGAGCGCCGUCGCCGCCGGCAUCCCGACGAUCGGAUACCUCGGCCCGUAUGAGGGCGACGAGAGGGACGAGAUGGCGCGUGUGUUGACCGACGCGGGGGCGCGCGUGCUCAUGCUCGAGUGGAGCGGGUUUGAGCGGGCGUUGGAGGAGCUCGCGGCGCUGGGAUGAGCAGCUCGCUGCCAUUGCAUGUACAUGUUGAUCACUG